AACCCCGAAAGAAUGAGUAGAACCGAACUUUCCCGGUCUUGGACACAAAAGCUGAAAACUUGCUAGUGUGACUCCUAAGUCUAAGUAAAACCCAUCAUAUCCCCCAUUGGUCCAUUUCCGUUGUCCAAAACCCUAGCCAGAUCUUGUCGCAGAGGCAACCAUGAGGGCCCUAAUUUCAACCACCAAACGGCUCAUUUCUUCCACCACCAUCUCAACCAUGGCAACCCUAUUCCGUUCGAACCACCGAAACUACAGCCUUAUACCUAUGGUGAUUGAGCACUCCUCCCGCGGCGAGAGAGCUUACGACAUAUUCUCUCGUCUCCUCAAGGAAAGGAUCGUUUGCAUAAACGGACCCAUAAACGACGACACUGCCCACGUCGUCGUCGCCCAGCUCCUCUUCCUCGAAUCCGAAAACCCCUCCAAACCCAUCCACAUGUACCUUAACUCCCCUGGCGGCCAAGUCACUGCAGGCCUUGCAAUUUAUGAUACGAUGCAGUACAUUAAGUCUCCCAUUAACACAAUCUGUUUGGGUCAAGCUGCAUCCAUGGCUUCACUCCUUUUAGCUGCGGGCGCCAAGGGUGAAAGGCGGUCCCUCCCCAAUGCCACCAUCAUGAUUCAUCAGCCUUCUGGUGGAUACAGUGGCCAGGCUAAAGAUAUGACCAUUCACACUAAGCAGAUUGUUCGCGUCUGGGAUUCGUUGAAUGCAUUGUAUUCCAAGCAUACGGGGCAGUCGGUUGAUAUAAUUGAGAAGAAUAUGGAUAGGGAUUAUUUUAUGACCCCGGAAGAGGCUAAAGAUUUUGGGUUAAUUGAUGAAGUUAUUGAUCAAAGGCCUAUGGCUCUGGUCACUGAUGCCGUUGCUAAUGAAACCAAAGAUAGCAAAGAUAACAAAAACAGCAAGGAGAGCAUAGAUAAAGGUUCCACUUAGAAUUAGAGACUACUCUGAAUUGGUGAAGAAUAAGAAAUACAUGCGAAUGAUUAAAACACUUGAUUUCCAACUCCCUUCCCACCCCUACCCAAAAAAAAAAUAAAAUUGAAGCAUAAUCCUUCCCUUUUCUUCUUUGCACUUCUUGAUUUUGAAAAUAAAUGCCCCAAAUUAGAAGCUUAAUGUUGCCUGGAAAUUAUAAAUCAUAAAGUGCGGACAAGAUUCUUACUGUCCAUAUUUUCAUUUUGAUUUAGCUAGAGGAUAGUUUUUUUGUCAUACAUAUGUGCUGAAUCUAGAAUGAGCCACGACCUUGUUAACCUGCAUUUUAGUCUCCGUGCGUAAGGAAGCUCCGUAAUGAAUUUUUUAUCUGCGGAUUCCAAUUUUCAAAUGUUGGUUACUUAAGACUAGGGGUGUAAAUAAUACAUUAGUGCUCGUAAGUUACUCGGAUUUGAUUCGAAUAAAAUUCAAAUUUGACUUGAUUAUUAGUGAAUCGAGCUCAAGUUCAAAUAGUUUGACUUAUCGAUCGAGUCGAAUUCAAGUAUUCUUAUAACUG